AUUCUACAGCUGCUACAGUUAAUAAGAAAAUACUUUUUGUUGUAAAUUUUACAAAAUGGAUAACAAUUAUAAACCUGUUGAUAUGACAGGCUGUUUGGCUGAUCCUCAAAUUAAACUCUCGAAGGCUUUAAUUAAUCGCGAUUUAUUUGAAUUUCGUUCGGCUCUUAGUAUUGGUGCCAAUGCUUUGGCGAAGGAUGAGCAAAAUUUAAGCAUUUUUGAGAAAGCUUUACAAACUUCAGGUUGCUCCGAGUUUAUUAAGGAAUGUUUAAGCUCUGGCUGUGAUCCUAAUUAUAUCAAUAGCUUUUAUAACAAAGCGGCGGUGAAUUUUGCCACCGAUUCCCGAGAUCCUGAUAACCUAAAGGAGCUGUUAAUAGCGCCUGGUGUUAAAGUUGAUCACAAAUAUUCUAAUUUAACGCCUUUGAACUCUUUGGCUAAAAAUCUUAAUAACGAAAAUGCUUUUAAGGUAAUAGAAUGUAUAAAAGUUUUAUUGCGCUAUGGAGCCUCACCCAAUAUACCCGAUCAAAGAGAAAUGACACCUUUGCAUAAUAUUGUAAAGAAUCAUAAAAUUAAUGAUGUGCAAAAGUACGAACUUAUACAAAUGUUUAUUUCGCUAGCCGAUAUUGAUAUCGAUACUUAUCGAGAGGGCGAAUUAAGGGGAAUUUUAGAAACGGAAUACCCACUCAUGGAAUUGCCCAUAAAAAAGGAUAAAAAUGUAGUAACAUUUCGUUCUCUUCUGAGUCUUAUUAGAAAUGGUAAUAUGGAAGUAUUUGAACAACAAUAUGCUGAUAACUCACGCCACACUAGCCAAGACGAAGAGGUGGAACUAUUAGUAGCAGCCAUCGAAACAGGAGCCCAUAGAGCUUUUGAUAUGAUUUUAGCCAAUGGUGUGGACUAUAAUAAAAGUAUAAGAAACAAUAACAAUAGCAAUACACCCAUAGAAAUAGCCUGGGUUUAUGGCAAUUGGUGUGCUUUGGAAAAGCUUUUACAACAACCCGAUAUAAAACUUCGUGCUCAGGAUAAUCCCUUAAUUAAUAUUGUUUGCAAAUUAAAUGAAACUUCCUCGCAAGCAUUUUGCAAUUAUUGGAAAUGUUUUACGGUACUACUGGAAUCGGACAAAAUCGAUAUAAAUGCUACCGAUUUCAGCAAAUCCACAGCUCUACAUUAUGCCGUUAAAUAUCAUAAUAAUAAAGCGAUAAAAGAACUUUUAAAAAGAGGAGCUUGCAUUAGUAUGGAAAAUAAGUUCCAGGAAUUGCCGCUAAAUGGCAUGAGUCCCUCGGUAUGGGAGGAACACUUAGAUGACUGUGUCUCCUCCAACGGCGAUAAGUUGGGUGAUAAAAGCUAUGAAAUAAUUAUAAGUUUUCAGAACUUUAUGAAUUCCCAGCAAAAGAAAAAGAAACAAUUGAAAGAGGUUCUGGCGCCCAUUUCCUUUAUGGCCGAAACUAAAGAAUAUCGUUAUUUGCUGCAACAUCCAGUUAUAACCAGCAUAUUGUUCCUCAAGUGGCAUAAACUGUCUCUGGUUUUUUAUAUAAAUUUCUUGGCCUAUUUAUUCUUUGCCGCCUCCAUUAUUACACAUAUGAUCUUGAAACUGCGCAACAUUGAUAAAGAAAAUGCUGAAAAAAUAACACUUUAUUGUUCAUAUUUGGGUAUUUCUUAUCUGAUCACCAGAGAAUGUUUGCAAGUGCUAAUGGCUCCUUGGAAAUACAUUAAAUCCAUAACAAAUUAUUUAGAAAUAUUGCUAAUAAUACUCUCCCUGCUGACUUGUAAAGAUCUAAAAAGCGAUGAUUUGCAACGUAACAUAGCGGUGGCUUGUAUUUUACUACUGGCCUAUGAACUGUUUUUACUGGUGGGCUCUUUGCCCAUCUCCUCUAUAUCCACCCAUAUGCUAAUGCUGGAAGCUGUUUGCAAAAGUUUUGUCAAAAGUUUUCUUUUCUAUUCCAUAUUUGUAUUCACUUUUACCCUGUGUUUCUACAUCAAAAUUGGCAAUGAACAGGUCGUAGACCCUGAAGAAAAGUUUCAUAGUUUCUCGGAACCUUUGCUGGCCUUUUCCAAAACCAUUGUUAUGUUUACUGGAGAAUUUGAUGCCGGCAGCUUAAAGCUGGAUACUGAUUAUACCCGUUUGCUGUUUCUCUCCUUUGUAUUCUUUAUGACCAUUAUUCUCUUCAAUCUUCUUAAUGGUUUAGCGGUCAGCGAUACACAGGCCAUUAAGGAUCAAGCUGAAAUCAAUGAUAUCAUCUGUCGCACCCAUCUUUUGUCGCGUUAUGAAAAAGCUGUUUACAAGAAAAAUCUUAAUUUUUCGUUUAUACUAAAACGUGAACCCAUACGUUCAAUAUGUCGAAUUUUCUCUAAUCUCUUUCCCGACUACACGACCGAUGUUCAAAUCUCCAUAUUACCCAAUGAUAAAAAUAAAAUUUUCGGUUUAAAACUACAAAAUAGAGUGCAAAAUAUGAAUAGUGGUGAAACUACUACAACUAUAACGCGUACAGCGAUUAGUAUAGACGGACAGGAUGAGGAUGACAAUAGUGAUAUUUUUGCAAAGAACAAGUAUUUAAGUUGUUGUUUUAGUGGUUUUACUGACAGAUGUUCGAGGAUUGAUGAGAGAACGGUGAACCAGGCCAUGGCAAUAUUGGAAAAGAAAUCGAAUGUAACCAUAGAAAAUCGUUUGGAUACGAUGGAGGAGCAACUGAAUGAAAUUAUAAAAUAUUUGAAAAUUCAAAUUCGGAAGAAGUAGAUCAGUGUACUUAAGAGAGUAAAAUUGUAAAGAAAUUUUAUAAAAUAAAAUGGUUAUAUAUCGAUUAUAUAGUAA